GACUAAUUUCAGGGAAAUAACCCCAGUAAAUACUUACUUCUUUUUUCUGAAUAUUGAUAUGUUCAUGGUACCAAUCUUUUACUCCAUCUAUAAAGGUGUAAAUGGAAUUUACAAUAACAGAAGAUCAGUUCAAUGGUUGUCUCUCUAACUUUAAUAGACUUUUAAUUGAUAAUUUGACUUAUCAACCAGAUCGAGAAUCAAACACCAGUUUCGAGUUAAAGUUCAUAACAAAUUAUCUUAAAUCGAGUCCAUCGAUCAGUUACACUAAGAUCGAGUUAAUUCAAAAUCAUAAACAAAGUAAAGAUCUAAAUAAAAGAUAUGGUAUAGAAUUUACAAUUUCUUUUCAUGAAUUAUAUAAGGUGCCAAUAUUUUACUUUCGACUUUAUGAUAAUGAUACUUUGAUACUUUUCAACGAGGAUUUACUAAGUCAAUUGUCUGAAAUAUUAUCAUAUAAAGGAUACAACGUUCCCAAUUUUCUUAUAGAAUCACAUCAUAUCUAUCAAGAACCAUGGUUGAGUUUACAUCCUUGUGAAACAAGUGAUUUCAUGACUGAAUUCAUCAAAUCCAACGAACAAGCAAAUGAACCUCAAGAUAUGUCUAUUAAAUAUCUUUUAGGCUGGUUUACUAAUUAUGGACUUAGUUCCAUUUAUCCCAGAUUAAGUUUAAGAGUAAAUAAUUUGCAAAAUAGUUAGUUUUUAACUACGGAAAAUACCAAUCUUUCAUAUACGUUAUAUAUUUUGUAAAUAAAGAGUUCUAAUAAUGAAAAUAAUGAAGAAUAAUAAAGUACAGAUGAAUAAAAAGGGAUAUCAAA